GGAGGAACCAUUGACAUCACUGUUCAUGAAGUCCUGGGUGGAGGAGCCCUGAAGGAGCGACACAAAGUCUCUGGAAAUAAUCUGGGAGGACAAACUGUGGACAGAAAAUUUAAGCAGUUUCUCAGAGAGAUAUUCACUGAAGGAGUCUGGGAUGAAUUUGAACAAAACUCUCUCAGUGCAGCUCAGAGAAUGAUGUAUGAGUUUAGCUAUCUAAAACAGGUAGAUAAAGAUGUUCAGAUCAGCUGUCCAAGAGCACUGGAAAAGUUAGCUAAAGACAAAUCAGGCACAGAAAACUUUGUUAAGUCAGAACUUGGUGCUUCCUGGGAUGGUGAUUUCAUCAAAAUCUCAAGAGACAAAAUGAGAUCUUUCUAUGAUGAAAGCCUGAAGGGCAUCACUGAGAAUCUCAUGGAAAUCUUUACCAGUGGUCUCAACAUCAAGUACAUUCUGUUAGUGGGUGGGUACGCUCAGAGUAAAGUUCUGCAGCAGCACAUUACUGACCAGUUUGGACAUCAGUGUAAAGUUCUGUGUCCUUUCAGAGCUCAGGAGGCGAUUCUGAGAGGAGCUGUAGAGUUUGGUAGAAACCCAAACAUUGUGGCUUCUCGUAAAAGUUCCUAUACUUAUGGAUUCGCUGUUUGUGAAAAGUUUGAUGAGAUCAAACAUAAGAAAGAAAAGAAAUUUACAGCCAAAGGUGUUGAAUGGAGUCGAGAUAUUUUCAGGAAACUGGUGGAAGAAGGUGAAGAUCUUGGUUCAGAGGAGACCAGAAAGUUCUUAUGUUCUCCAGCAAAAGAUGACCAGAAACAGAUGAAACUGAGAUUCUUCCGCUCAGUAAGAAAAUAUCCAGUCUAUGUAGAUGACUCUGAUGUAAAAGAGGAAGGUUCAUUCAUUGUAGACUUGACUAUAGGUAGUAAAGUCAAACUGGAAAUUAUGUUUGGCUCCACAGAGAUAACAGCUACAGGGAUCAACCAGACAACAGGGAAGGAAAAAAAAGUCAAAAUUGACUUCAUGACCAAAGACAAAGAA